AUGCGCCCGGAUGCGCGGCCCCCCCUGGCUGCCUCGGCCCCACAUCCCCGCCAGUGGGCGCAGCAGAGCAGCAGCACCAGCACAGUGCACCAGCCCCCACAGACCCAGGAUGGCAGCUCCAGCAGUGAGGACGGGCCGGAGCUCCCCGCCAGACCAAGGCACUACGGCCACGGGGACAAGUGGACAACUCCUUCAGAUUUUAUGGCCCUCGCAGGGCCUGGCUGCCAGUUCCCUCCCUUCAUGACGCAGAAAAUCCGGCACCGGAGCAAAGUUCUGGUGUGGCUCACGUUGCAAAGGCCUUUCCCAGGAAGGGUGCCUUCUCUUCCAGCUUUGGGGACCAUGGGGAGUGAAGCUCGCCACAAGGCCUCCGCCAUCUCUGCCUCCUUCCUCCUGCUCCUUUGUUCUCUGUGCCCCUCAACUGGGCUGAACUGCCUCAACGGAGGCACCUUUGAUGGGGUGAAGUGUCUCUGUCCCCCAUAUUACUACGGCCCCCUCUGUGAAGAGGGGGGUCCACCAUCACCACCACCACCCAGCCCCUCCAGCACCGCCGCCGCCAUCAAGACCACUACAAGUGCCACAGUUACUUCACCAGUCCCCUGCCAAAAUGGUGGACACCGCAAUGGCUCCCAGUGUGUUUGCCCCCCGGGCUUCUGGGGGCCCCUCUGCAACUCCUUUGAUGCCAGGGACUGCCAGCACGGGGGGGUCUGGGCGGAGGGGGCCUGCCGAUGCAGCCGCCACUUCUGGGGCCCUCGCUGCCAAUUCGUGGAGAACGUCAUCCGGGUGGAGACAGAGGCAGAGGCCUGGCUGGACAUGGCGGUCAGGGUCCCCAACCGCCUCUUCACGGAUCGGCUGCUGGAUCCAUCCUCCCCAGACUUCCAGGACUUUGUGCAGGAGUUUGUGCAGAAGGUGGACCCCAUUUACCGGAAAGUGCGCGAAUACCACAACAUGACCGUCCUGCAACUGCGGCCAGGCAGCGUCCUAGUGCUCCACAGGGUCCUCCUGAGGCUGCCCCUCAGUGCCAGAGUUGGGGAGGUGCUGCAGAGUGUGUCUGUGCAGCUGGUGACAGCCUUAUCUGCCAAUGUCCAGGAGCAGCCCUGCAGCCUUGCAUCCGACCUUUGCUUCGAGGCCUCCUCCAUUGAGACGUCUGGGGGGUCCAUCGGAGUCAAGGAGGGAGAAAUCUGUGGCCAGUGGGUCCCGCCUGGGUUUGGCCCCUACUUCUCCGGCCACCCCACAGAGAGCGGAUUCGAAUGCCUCAGCCCAUGUGCCGGCGGCCACCAGGCCCCCCUGGAUUGUCACUACGGAGUGUGCAGGGUCCCCCGCCAGGGCCCCCAGUGCCACUGCCCCGAAACACAGGCAUCCUGGUUUCUGGGGGAUCGGUGCUCCGGGAAGAUCAGUAAAGUGGGGCUCAGCAUCGGCCUCCCCCUCACCGUCAGCGUGGCUGUGGCCGUGGCCCUGGCCGUGGUUCUGGCCCGGAAGUGAGCCCUUCCUCCUUCUUCCUGGUGGCUCUGCGGAUGAAGAUGGCUUGGAAGCUGGGUGGCUUCCGCAGCUGAACAUAAAGGAGGAGAGAACCCAGUGUUUGCAAAAAGAGACAUAAAAGGAUGGACACCAGGUGGCCAAGUGGACAGAUGGCCUUCCGCUGGGGAGCCUGGAAUGGCCGGAGCACAGGAGUAGCAUGGCUGACAACCACAGUGGCCUUUGGACUCCAUCCACAGAGGUCAUGCUCUCCACCCCUCCAGCCCAUUCCCUCAGGCAAUUGAGGGAACCCCCUCAGGGGGAGAUUCCCUUUGCCUGAUGCUCUUUCUGUCUAUGCUGCCAUGCCACCCCCCCGCCCCUGCCCCCAGUUGCCUCCUCCUGAGCCUCUUCGGCCUGAGUGUCGCUCCUCAAUGGACCAUCUGCUGUGGACAUAUCUCCUUGGGACAUGGUCCUGGGGUGACCUGGUGGCACAGUGGUUAAAUGCCAGUCCUGCAUCCAUUCGCAGCCACAAGGUUGUCUGAUCCCAGCCAGGGCUCCAGGGUCCACUUAGUCUUCCAUCCUUCCGUAGGUUGCUAAACUGAGUCCCCCAUGCUUACACCAGGGGUGGAACCCUUUGAGCCAAAAAAAUAAAUCAUUAAAUAACAAA